AUGAGAGUUCCUUCUUCCCCUCCUCAGGAAGAGAAGAAAGAAAGCGGUAUUCAAACACCCACACUGCGACGGAAUAUUUCCGUCCAACCAACGGUGUUGGAAGACACUACGGCCAUUCAGAGGCUAGUGGAAUACUUUGUAGUGAUUAGUUGCCAACCAAGAUGGGAUGAAAAUGAUAAUGGUAGUAGCAGUAGUCCGCAAAAGCAGCAAAAGAGACCACCCACUCCAGAAAGAAAUAGAUCAAGGCCUUCCACGCCAGAACGGAGGAGACCGUCGACACCCGAAAGGCGUAGGUCCAGGCCGUCCACACCGGAACAAGGUCGAACGAAACUACACCAACACAACAACAACAACAACAAGUUUGCCGACAAGUUUACCGAGGGCACGAAACGGUUCAAUGAAUCCUUUCAAAACACAUUUAAAAGAAAGGAAGUCUCAGGAACGGAACGGGCUAUACAACGGACCCUUUCCGCGGAUGAAAGUGAAUCGAGAGAAGAAACACUGAAACCACCCAAACCACUAGGGACUUGGAAACGAGAAGAAUCCGAAUACACAGAUGGUAACAUUCGCGUCCCAGAAGGAGCGUCGGAACGUAACACCUUUCAACCCAGAGUGACGGCGAGGUUUCCACCAACGGACCACGCGGACAAUCCACUCAAUCCCAUGAUUACACACUUUUGUCAUCCACUGGGAGACGUAGUACUACCAACUACGGAAUAUCAAAAACCUAAAGUCCAUCAUUUUGUUUUGACCAAUGAAAAGGGUCGGAAAGUGUACGGCACUUGCUUGACGUUUUACGAAGAAUAUCGUCCCGGUGAUGGAGACAUUUUACGGUCCAGGAGUCUGGUGCACGAAAAUUCGGAUCGAGACAUUGAAGUGACGGUACAAGAUGAUGUAUCAGAAGAAGAAAAACUUUACUUGCCCCGGUGCCUGUGUAUAUUGUCAAUAUGGCCCUAUGUCAGAGCGUUUCGGAAAUAUUUGGCUCAAUUGUAUCGAUUGGCCACGGCGACGGACUGCAUGACGGCUCCCAUUGAGCGGUAUAUUGUCAAUAUUUGUUUGGAAAUUCCAGCGCCACCACCAGGGGCCUUUGAAGUGCAAGUCAACAUUUUGGAUUUGGUGAUUCGGUUUUGGUCACCACCAGCUCGUCUGCCCAUUGCCUAUGUGGCCUUGCCGUACCAAACUCUCUUUGAUUGCUUGGAUAUUGACACGAUACUGCACUUGUGGUAUUGCCUCACAAUGGAACGAAAAGUUUUAUUGGUCAGUAGUCAAUGCUCCUUGUUGACGGUAUGUUCGGAGAUUCUUUGUUCACUCCUUUAUCCAAUGAAGUGGAGUCAUUUGUACGUACCAGUCUUGCCACGCUUCUUGUGUCCCAUGCUGGAUGCUCCAGUACCAUAUCUAUGCGGAGUCACCCGAGAAAAUUGGAACCAUACACAACAGUUUGUAAGCGAAGAUACGGUAGUUGUCGAUUUGGAUCAAAACAGUCUGAUGUUUGGACAGGAAACACCAGAGUUGCCAGCUGUGCCUGGAAAGAAGUGGAUGAAGUUGCAAUCCAGUUUGCAUGAAAUUGCUGGACAUUUAUUUUGGGAGACAAGGGGUCUGGAAAAGGAAUACAGAGAUUUUAUGGAUGACAAUAUUUCAGAAAGGAAUUUUCAGAGAGUCGCGAGGGAAAGGGCCGAAGAAACAUGGAAUGAAAAGAUUGAAACAUACGAUGAUGCAUUCAAUUUCCAAUCCACACCGGAUGCUAGGCAGGCCAAGUCGAAUGAAACCAUUGAAAGAGAGCAAAGCUUGUGGGACAAGGUUCAAGAAUGCUUUCUCCGUUUCUUUGUUGCAAUCUUCAAACAUUAUCGGGAGUUCCUCCACGUUCCAGAUGCAGGUGCUAGCACCCCAUUAAUGUCACCAAAUGCCAACGAAUUUCAAAAAUGGAACAAGCGACGAUACUUUGACCGAGAUGGAUUUCUAGGGUCUCAGAAUGCGCUUUAUUUGCCGUUUCUGUAUGAGUUGUGCGCUACACAACAUUUUGAUGAUUUUAUCACGAAACGGUUAUACAAUCCAGAAAUGCCGGAAAUCAUAUUUUUCGAUCAGAGUAUCGAUGCCAAAUUGAAUCGCAGUCGCCUGAAAUUUUCCAAAGUGGACACUCCUUUUCUUCAGAGCGCCAAGGCGCACAAGGUACUCAAGUCUUUUGUGGCAGUUGAACCAAAUGCCAAUGACUUGCCCAGGAAAGGUCCCUUUGUCUACAAGAGUUGGCCAGAGACCUUUGAUAAGAAUUUGUUUUCCAAGCCAAGACCCAUUCCAAGCAUAAUUACUGCCGAGUUCGAUCGACAAGCUUCUCUAUUUUCGAAACUGCGGAAACACCAUUCUCCUGCCAAAGACAGUAACGGCGAAAUGCUACUAUUCUAUGGAAGCGAUUACGAUAUGCACCCUGAGGGCAUGGCAUUCACAGUCUACUUUUUUAUAUACUCUGCUGUGAUUGGACGUGAAUGGAGAGAUUAUCAAUUGAAAAUGAGGGAACUUGAAAUGGCCGGUGGGCCAAUGAAGGUUUCGGCAUCGGAUGCAGUGGAAAUUGCCCCAUACGAUGAAGGCAUGGUUUCUGAUUUCACCCUCGGUGUGUUCGACGGUUGCAAUCCAGAAGUGCGAUUUGGGCAACAAGUCGUUGACUGUACUCCCUGUCCUCAAUAUGCCGGCCAAUUGAACUCACAGGCGCAAGAGGCAUAUACUGUUAUUUCAAAGUUUGCAUUGAACCAAAUAGAAAGGAUGAAUAAAGUGACUGGCAGCUUGCUUGACGAUGAUGAAGGCUUGGCAGAAUAUGAGGAGGCAAGAGAUGUUGCUGUUGCCCAGUUGGACUUGGCGUUCGACUCGUUGAAAGCGAUGGAAACCCGUGGCUUCUUGUCAGAUCCAGAUAUUUUCCGAUCCCUGAUGGAAGCUUGUAGCCGAUGUGGCGACACAACACGUGCUCUUGAGCUUAUUGAAAUGAUGAAACGUGACGGAGUUGCAGACAAAGAAGUUUUGGCAUGUUUUAUGAGUGCCUUUUGCCACAGCGGAGGUGAUGGAAUGGGUUCAGUGCGGAAUUCUACCGGGGGUACAGAUGCUUACUCAGACCUCCUACGAAGGAAGCUGGAAGCAGUUGGUGGCACACCGAGAGGAAGCUCAAUUCGUGGCAGCGUCUUAUCGGAAUCUGAAUCGGAAUCAGCUUUUAGUGAUUUCUUUUCUGAGUCUGGAUCGGUGUCGUCGCAAUCAUCAACUGCGUCAAAAAGAUCGUCCUUGAUGGAGUGGUUGGUACCUCCGAGUAACAGGAGCCUGAUGAAGAAAAAGAAGAAGAAAAAGCGGCAAAAAAAGAAGUCAAAGAAACCCAUGUCUGAAGAAUGGGCGUUGACCGAUCGUCUCAGCAAGCAAAUUAUGUUGGGGCAAAGUCUCUUGGAGUUUCUAUACCCUGACCUCUCUCUUGACACAAAUGGAGAUGCUUGUCCAAGUUGCUCACACAUUAUGUCAGAGCAAGAGAUUAUGAACGGCUGGCUUCCUUGCGAAUUUGAAGAUUACAGAACAACUUGUUCUCGAUGUAACCACCGCUUUGUUCCAAAAUUCUCAGUUUCUUGCAGCGCUCCAACCUUUGAAGGUUCACAAGGAAAGGGGACUCCUUUAUUUUGCGAGUUACUGUCGCCAUGGGUUCUUCGAAAAGAAGUCCACCAUGUUAUAAAAAUGGAAAAUGGGAUUGACACCAUCCUCAAUCCCAAGUGGCGGUCAGGAACAGAUAUCCAGGCAACCCUUUGGUGGAACUUGAUUGCUAUGCUACAGAGGCACGAACUCCCGUACUCGUUUUUGCUUCAAGGCAGUUUCAAGAAUCGCUUGAUCAAUCCUGUUCCGCAGGAUUAG